UCCUUGCUUGCUUAGUGUGGUGGAAUAUGUGGCGCGCCACGGCAGCCGUGCUUCUGGUGGGCGCACAAGGCGCCUUUGAGAACAUGGGCGCAGGGUUUUGCAUGGAUUCUCAGAACAUCUACUACGACAGCUUCACCGCGCAGCCUGGGGAGCUGGGCUACGACGGGCUGCGGUCCACCUGCCGCCAGCGCUCCGACACGGAGCCGCAGAGCCCCGGCUUCGCCUUCGGCACCGGCGGCGAGUGCUCGGUGUACAUGAACAACGGCAAUACCCCAAGCAGCUUCCAGGUGCCGCCAGCUGGGAGGGUCACAACCAACUGGGGCAGCGGCAGUGUGAAGCAGGCGUCCGGGCACACCUUCGACUUCACCUGCUUCAAGAAGCUGCCGCCGACCACGACCACAGCCCCUGCCGGACCAACUUCUACAGCCCCAAGCACCACCACCACCACCACGACUACAACCACCACGACCACAACCAAAGCAGCAGGCACAGCUGCCGCCUACACCGUUGCCCAAGACUCCUGGUGCUCGAAUGUUCCAGCGCCGCACGACCCAUCCCUCUCCGACAAUGCCGUGGUGUUGGGCUCUUACACUUCCCUGGAUGCUUGCUGGCAGAGUUGCGGCGUGGAUGGCUCCUGUAUGGCCUGCACGCACCGAUGCACCGACGGCUCGGCAGAUCGAUGCUACCCAUCAGACUGCACGGUGCUGGCGGUGUCUUCGUGCUCCGCCCGCGUAGGGAGCUCCUGUGGCGCUGCCACCUGGCGAAAAGCAGCAGUGGACAGUGACCCGAUGUUGGCCAUGCGGAUCGUCCUGAUCGUGGUCUCGGUCAUUAUGCUGGCAGGCAUUGCGGGCGUCUACUGCUGGGUGCAUCGACGCCAAAAGAAAACCACAACCACCCCCACCGUGCCGCUCACCGCCGGUGCAAGUGUGGCGCCGGCGUGCAAAGCGCCUGCCGCAACUGUCGGGGCCGCCACGACCUCCACGAAGGGCACCACAGCGCUCAGCGAGGAGGGUGCAGCACUGCCGGAGGAUCAACAGAAAACAUUGCCCAGCUACUGGGGUCACAAAGCCGAGACCACGGACUUCAAUGCGAUGCUCUACGUCACAGACGACCAGCUGGAGCACUUCGACUCCCUGCUGUCUCAGACCUACAAAGCCCGCAGCACCCAAGACAGGUUCGAGCCGGGGUACUCGCUGCGCUACAAAGCCACCCUGAGAUGCGCUGUGCCAUGCCCGAAGGGCAGCUGUGCCAAGACCCCCGGUGGCUGCCCUUGCGUGCAGCCCGAUGGAGAUCCAGGCUUGCCUGCGAGCUACAUGAUCCGACGGGUCAUCCGGGUGGAGGACUCCAGGAUGUGGCGCCGCUACUGCCGGAAGCGGGAGCAGCUCAAAUCGCGGGGCGGAAUCGACCGGGUAGACCCGGCCGUGGAGACGGCAGGACUCGUUUCGGAGCAGUCUGGCACCUUCUCUCCGUUGGACGAGAGUGUGAACGAGUUCUAUCUGUGGCACGGCACCCACACCCGAGCUGCGCUGUCAAUUGCCCACGAGGACUUCCGGAUCGACAUGGCGGGCUCCAAUGCCGGCACCAUGUACGGCAAGGGCUGCUACCUCGCGGAGAAUUGCACCAAAGCGGAUGAGUACGCUCGCGAUGAGCCUCAUGGUUACUAUGAGGGCGUGUUCGCGCUUCUCCUCUGCCGCGUUUCCAUGGGCAAGUUCUUCUACACGACUGAGCGCUACGAGCAAGCAGGCGACAAAGUCAAGUCCGGUGAGUUCGAUAGCACGGUGGGCGACAGGACCAAGAAGGCCAACACCUUCCGGGAGUUCGUGGUUUACAACCCAGAUCAGGUCUAUCCGGAGUAUGUCAUCCUGUACUCGCGGCGGCCCAAGGCGAUCGCCCUGGAGAGCUUCCGCUUCGGGCUCACCAAGUUGCACGCGGAGCUCCCGGUGUAUUGGCAGCACUGUCACGUGAACCCCCAGAUCAAUGCCUUUGAGGAGCAGUACUUGGUGCGCAACACCUCGCGGCACCACCUGCAGCAGCUGUCACAGGCGUGCCUCCGCAGCGGCGGAAAGAUCCAGGUCGUGUCGGCGCGGCGCAUCGAGAUGUCAAGCAUGUGGAACCGCUACGUGCAGUUCAAGCUGAGGCUGAAGCAGGAGUUGGCCGCCUCGGGCUUGCCCCGCUUCGCCUCCGCGCAGCUGCUGGAGGGCAAGGCCGAGCGCGGCGAGAUCCUAACGUAUAGCUAUCUCAAGGACCUCUAUGGCAAAGGAGUGCAGACCACUAUCUCUGUGGAUGGCCUCGAGGAUAGCAUCCAGGAGCAUCUGCUGUGGCACGGCACCUCCCGUGCCUCGGCGGAGGCGAUCGUCAAGGCGGACUUUCGCAUCCCCAUGGACCCAGUAAAGGAUGCCAAGCACGGCUUCCGCUUCGGCACUGGCUUGUACUUUGCAGAGGACCUUAGCAAAAGUUUGAGCUACGCGCCAUUAGAGAGAGGAUCCAAUGGUGGGACGUCCUCCCAGUUUGUGCUGCUUUGCCGAGUGCUCUGUGGACAGAUGCACUACACCGAGGAGAUGUCUCAUGCCAAGGCCACGGCCGCUGCCAAGCAGGUCGGGAAGCACGCAGUGCUGGCGAACCCCUUGUCCAAAGGACCAAGGGAGUUCAUCAUCACCUCUGAGAUGCAGGUCUAUCCUGAGUACAUUGUGGAGCUGUCAGUGUCCGUAGACGGCCCCUAAGAAUGGGCACUGUGGCAUGUGGAUGACAGCUCUUGCGGCGUUCCUUGCUUCUAAGAAGCGGCCGGCGUCGUUUUUCGAGCAAUACCUGUAAGGCAAAUUUGGGUUCCUGCUCCAUUGAAAAGUUUUGUCUUGUUUGCGAAGUCAACAGCAAGCUGCAAGGUGGAUGUAAAGUGGCCGU